AAUAGCUAUACCAGAAUGAGUUAUUGCCUGCUUCAUUUCUGAAGGAUGUGUUUUCUGCUAGCAAAGACCUCUUUCAUUAAGGUUCCUCUGAAUCCACUCCAGAACUCCCUGGCUGAGGUGUGGAGCAGCUCGGUUUCUCAUGAAGAUACAGAGAAGACUGCAAGCAGCUGAAUGAUGAGAGAGUAAAACCCACCGAGGCAAAGUUAGCAUGAAGGGAUCGAACAAGGCACUAGGACCUAGGAGGCGUCUCAUCCACCCUGGCAGGAAUUUCUUGCUUGGAGCUCAGACAACAAAGGCAGAGUGAGCCUGGUUUUCUUUCUCUCAGCAUCUCCACCCUGUGCGCUGAAAACCGCUUCAGAUCUUUAGGGUUCACCAAACUAUGGAACUUGAUUUUGGACACUUUGACGAAAGAGACAAGGCGUCCAGAAACAUGCGAGGCUCACGGAUGAACGGGUUGCCCAGCCCCACUCACAGCGCUCACUGUAGCUUCUACAGAACCAGGACCUUACAGGCGCUGAGCAACGAGAAGAAAGCCAAGAAGGUGCGUUUCUAUCGCAACGGGGACCGCUACUUCAAGGGGAUUGUAUACGCCGUGUCCUCCGACCGCUUCCGAAGUUUUGAUGCUCUCCUGGCUGACCUGACCCGCUCCCUGUCUGACAACAUCAACCUGCCCCAGGGAGUCCGCUACAUUUACACCAUCGAUGGGGCGCGGAAGAUCGGGAGCAUGGAUGAGCUGGAGGAAGGUGAAAGUUAUGUCUGCUCAUCUGACAACUUCUUCAAGAAGGUGGAAUACACCAAGAAUGUCAAUCCGAACUGGUCUGUCAACGUGAAGACGUCUGCCAACCAGAAAGCACCUCAGUCUCUGGCCAGCAGCAACAGUGCCCAGGCAAAGGAGAACAAAGAUUUUGUGCGGCCCAAGCUGGUAACCAUCAUCCGUAGCGGGGUGAAGCCCCGGAAAGCAGUCCGUGUGCUCUUGAACAAGAAGACUGCCCAUUCGUUUGAGCAAGUUCUCACUGAUAUCACUGAAGCUAUCAAGCUGGAGACAGGAGUGGUCAAAAAGCUGUAUACUCUGGACGGGAAACAGGUGACCUGUCUCCACGAUUUCUUUGGGGAUGAUGAUGUGUUUAUCGCCUGUGGUCCAGAAAAAUUCCGCUAUGCACAGGAUGACUUUUCUCUGGAUGAAAGCGAGUGCCGGGUGAUGAAAGGGAGCCCGGCGACCGCCACAGGCAGUAAGUCAUCUCCUACCCCUCAGAAGAGCUCAGCAAAGAGUCCAGCUCCUAUGCGCCGCAGCAAGUCUCCAGCUGAUUCAGGUAACCAUCAAGAUGCAAAUGGGACCUCAAGCAGUCAGUUGUCUACACCCAAAUCCAAGCAGUCCCCGAUCUCCACACCUACCAGCCCAGGGAGCCUCCGUAAGCACAAGGUAGACUUGUAUCUGCCUCUGUCUUUGGAUGACUCUGAUUCCCUUGGAGAUUCCAUGUAAAGCGACACGAAGAUAAUUGUCCAUAUUGCGAGCUAUGUUUAAGAUACAGUAGAGUACUUCUGCCAAAAUAAGCAGAUAGGUGACUGGUGCUUUCAAAUCAGACAAAGGACACACAGUUAUAUGUCAUUUUUUUUCUGUGAUUUAUCCUCUGUGCCACAAACCAACACUUGCCAGUCUAUAGAGAUAGAGGGAUACCAUUCUUCUAAUAGGGAUGCAAAAUGGAUAUUGCCAGCAAUUUUGGGCCAGUAUGCCAACGAUCCUGUGUAUUUCCCAUUUUAUUCUAUUAUUUCUUCUGCUGCUGCAAAUAUGUAAUUUUCCUAAUGAUAGUAAAGUAGCUCCCCCUGGUAUGGGGCAAAUCAAUUUUUUGCUGACCAAUUUGAAAGCUCAAGUAAAGCACAUUCUAUUCUUUACCUGUCCAAACUGCCAACAUUUGCUUGCUCACCUGCUCCUCAUUUGCAGCUCUGAUUUUAGAACCUGCAUACUAACUAGUACUGUUUUUAUUGUUACAGGGCAGGAAGGGAAAUGACUUAUUAGUUUGAUGCUUAAUAUGCCAGCAGAAGCUUGGACGAGUUUAGGAAUGAUUGCAUGAGACGCUAAGUAAGGUUAGUGCAAGAGUGAUUCUUCAGAUAUUGAAAUACUGGGAUUUGUUAAAUGAUUAAUCAAAAAAAUAAAAAUAAAAACCAAAACAAAACAGUUUCUGGAGCUGAAGAGCUUUCACAUAUGGUCCAAAGACACUAUUAGCUGGUAACAAAUUUUUAUAAUUACCCUAUGGUAUCUCUCUAUCUCUGUUUAUAACAGUAAUGCCUUUUGAACAGCCAACACUGAAAACACUGUGAAAAUUUGUUUUCAGGUCUGACAUCCUAUAGGUCGCUUUUUAUAGCAAAAAAAAUCAAUACACUUUUUAUAAAGGAAAACCUUGUAUCUGUGUUUUGGGAGUAAGGAUUCAAGCUCCUUCUUUUUUAUAAAAGCUGGUAAUUUUGUUUUGUUUAAAAAAACACAUUCAGAAAAAUGUACAAAAAAAACCCAACCAACAACUGCAGAACAGUAAUAACAACAAAUCAGUUUAGAAAACUUGUCAUCACUGCCAAAACAGACACUUGUAGGGGAAAAAAAGUUAAUUCAAAAUAUUGAAUGUUUUGAUAGUUUUUGUAAUGUUUAAGACUACGUAUUUGGUUUUUUACACUUCAGUAUUCAUAACUAUGGCCAGAUUCUCUACUUAUAUAACAAAUAGAACUUUGUGGUGUUCAAAAACACGUAUUUUAAGAAACUCUUCUAUCUGAUAAAAGCAAACUUAUUGUAUUUAGAGAAACUUUCGCUUUUAUUAAUCAGUAAUGACUCCUACAGAAUGCAAAGUUCAUCUAUUCACGCAGGGCUGGUGGUUUUUACUACGCCGAAGCUUUGUCAUAGGCUAGCUGGCAUUGCCUCUCUUUCUCAUGGAAUAAGCUUUCGAUAAAACUGAUUAUUACAGAACUUUACUUAAAUGAAGUCCGUGCAAUCAAAUCUUUCUUUGUUGCUCUAUUUGCCUUUGUUUCAAUGUAUACACCUGCUCCUUAUUCUCUUGCAACCCCUUGUGAUUAGAAUGAAUUAUAAUGUUGUGAUGUUUGAUGCUAUAUGAAUGCUGGGUUGUUCCCAAAGCCACUCCACAUUUUGUUUGCUUGCACUGCUGGUAUGAAACAAUCUGUGCAGGCUGUGUCUUUAUAUGUGAUGUUACAUAUAAGGCAACUUAAAAAAGAUGCAUCUGAGAGAGGACAGAAUCGGGAAUUACCACGGGGUAAGAGUUAUGCACCAAAUUUGCACCCUGUAGUUUUAGUGCAUGAUCAUUUACACACAGAGUUUUGCACAAGAAAUCGUUGGUGCCCACAAAUAACUUCAUUGAAUUGAGUAAUUUGCUGACUAUGCGACUGCUAAAUGAACAUUUCACCUGUUGUAUAUAGCAUUCUGGUUUCAGUUCAAAAGGCUAGAAGCUCAUGUUGAAGCUCUGGAGUGUGUGGGGGAAAGGAUGGUAUUGUGGACCAAGCUUAGGUGCAGUAGUCAGGACGCCUUCAUUCGAACUUUGGCACUCCUAGAUUUAGUGUCUGGACAGGGGCAGGUCUCUUAGUAACUCUGUGCCUCAAUAGGUCUCUCCGUCCCUACGGGGAUAAUACUGCUCUACCUCACUGGGGGUUGUGAGUCCAAAUGUUGGUUAACAUUUGUCAAGUGCUUUCAGAUCCUCUAACAGAAGGUGCUCAACUGUUUUGGGUGCAGAUUUGGUUAUGGGUGCUAAUUUUUGGCUGUUUAAUCUGCUAGGUGCUACUGUAGACACCAGUCUUGAGAAAAUAUGGCUUUUAAAGUACCAGGAUAUCAAAGGCCAAGGUUAUGCCAACAAUAUUAUUCAUUAGAGCUUUUGUCUUAACAAAAGCUUUAGUGAGACAAAUAAUUUAACAUGCUUUUACCCUCGCCUCUGUUCUGCUGAUGGUAAUCUGAAUCUCUCCCCAGUUUCUGCCCUUCCAGGGACCCUGACUAGUAGUCAUGACUCUGCCUGUUAAGAGAUGAUGGACUGGGACUCCAGUCGGAGGUGUCACUUAGUGACACAGGCUGUUCCCUUCACAGCCAGGGACAGCAUGUCCUGCCACCUUCCUGUGAGCCCUCCCUAACCCAGGAGACCAGCCAUGAAAUUAGAUUUAGGUUCUCUUACUAUUCAGUAUAGGACACUCACCACAGGUCCACCAAGAAAACCUAAAUCUUUGAUAUCCAAAAGCAGACUGAAGUGCUAGAGUUGAUGGUGGUAUGAAAAGAGUCCAAAAUGUGCUUUCAUCCAAAAUCCAUGAGUUCAGUUUGUAUACAUGUGAGAUAAAGCAGGAUGCCAAAGGGCGAAUGAACCUUUGGAUGGAAAGAUGGUUGUUGAGAGGUGGUUCCUUUUCUUCCUGCCACAAGUAGUGUUUGGUUAUUUAAAGAUGCUCUUCCUUGUAGAGCAUGCUAAAGAAUGUUAGGUCUUCCUGAGGUGUACCUAGUGACGUAUCUACAACCUGAUCCUGCGAGUGCUGCCUUGGGAGUAGAGUUUUGUUUGCACAGGUAUCAUCCUGGGGCGUGGCUGAGCCCAGUAAUUCCUUCAGGGGACUAGCAUGGGAACUUGAAAAGGCCUAAAAGAAGAAGAAGAAAAAAGAAUCUUCAGUGGGAGAAAUAGCCAUUCAAACCAGCAAAAGCCACAAAGAAAACAGGGUAUGAGGUCAAACUCCCCAGUUUUAAAAAGCAAUUUUCUAGGUAGAAAUGCCUGGGCAGUAGAAGUCAGUGAGCAUUUCAGCUGUAACAUAGAGUUAAGUCUGUAUUAAUGCCAAUAUUGCAUGAGUUCUUGUACAGAAAUGCAUGUGGAAUGUAGAGUACAUUCACCACUAGGUAUCUUUGGCUUUGUAGGAUCCCUAAGAUAGAUUUGAAUACAAAGAGAAACAAUGCACAGGCAUCAUACCUUAGUCAUUUAAAUAUAGGUAUAGCCCUGAUUCAGGAAAGAAGUUAAAGACAUGCUUAAAUUUUAGUACAUGCUUUACUCCUCUUAGUUUUUCACGAGAUGUAAGCUUGGGUUUGGUCAGAAGGCUUUCCUGAACUGGAAUGAAUUAGGAAUUAGUUUCAAUAUAUUAUAAUAAUUCCAGACCUUAUGAGAGAUCCUGGAGCACGUGAUAGUAAUUCCACCGUAUACUCCAGAGUUUACUUUUUUAUAUUUUUUUUUUCUACUUUUACAAGCACAUAAAACACCACAGGAUAUGAGGAUUUGCCAUAUUAAUUCUGCUAUAAAAACCCUGUUUAAUUUCCCUCAUGAGGCUGCCUUUAGUGUUUUCAGAGAUUAAUUGAAUCACUAAGACUAUAUUGUUUUAAAACAAUACAGUAUUUAAAAACAAACUGGAGAGACUCUUAAAGUGGUAUGGAGCUUUGUUUCUUUGAAAUUUACCUUUAUUUAUUCAAUAUCCAGUAUAUUCUAACAGAUUUGCAUACAAAACAGUAAAAACACCUAUUUCAGACACAUAAUCAUUAAGAGGGAAUUAAAGCAAUGCUCCAAGCACUGAGAGACUGAUGUAUUUCACAUUCAUACCUUCAGUGAUGGUCUUGACUGGAGAACAUGAGGACAAUGCAGCAAAAUUCUUGAGCGUUAGGAUUUUUGUCACUUGUAAAACAUUUAUAUUCUGAAAUUUCUGAGUUGAAGUCCCCUCUGAGUUAAUUCAGUUCUACCAGCUAGAUAGCCAACCCAGUCUCCAUUCCUUGACAUAAUUUUGAAAGAGUUUGGUAAUGGAAUUCUACCUUGGACCGCUCUGCAAAGGGAGGUGGAAAUAGCUUUUGCUUACCAUUGUCUGUGUUUCCAGUAUCUGCACACAAUUUACAGUCUUGUCAGAAUGUGGAAACACUUAACUCUGUUAUUUUCAUAGGCAACAGAAAAAUAAUUCUACUUAGAAAAGAACUUCCACAUCUCCCUUUCUCAUUUAGCUAACACAAAUAUGCAUGCGAAGAAUCACACACAGUCUAGAUGUUAUUUCUCUCAUUUCCUUGAACAGUGCUUUUGAAAGGAAAAAAGGGAGUUAGGACCAAAACUUGUGGCUUACAGCAAAACAGUGUUACACCCAGGCAUUUCUAAUAGGAAAUACUGGUAUAGAAGUGUUCGUUUCCUGUUAUUGAAAUGGAUACUGAUGACAUUUUAUAGGAUGCCUUGUGUUUGCUUUUUCACGUCUUUGAGCUCAGUGCUGGUCUUAUUGCAAGUUAAAUAAAACCUGGUGAAAUUUCUCUGUAACACCAUGCUGAGUCCCUAAAGAGACAUAGUUCCAGUGACAGCCAUCCCUGGAAUUGCACCCUCUCUACAGGGGCAUGGUAUGGACCUUACAGCAUGAGCCUUCUUCACUGUAGUAAGAGCACGGGUGUAUUUUGCCAUUGACCUCGGUGGCACCCCACGUCCAUUCCGGGCAAUUGGAGAGUUGAGGCAGAAUUGUUUUUAGAGAAAGGAAGAAAAGAUAGCCAAGUAAAUUAGGUAUAAAGUUAGUCCAGAAAGUGUCUCCUCGAGCUAAGACAAUCCACAACCAGAGAAAAGCUACAGAGAGGUGCGUUUACCACACACAAGGUGCUGAUCAUGACCAGGACAGAAUGAAAUGGUUUCUUUAGUGGUAGCUUCAGCUUGAAGUUAUUUUUCUGGUUGCUGAUGGAAGAAAGUCAAAAUAGUAUUUGGGACUGGUAAUGUUGUUUGUAGAAAUAAAUGAACGGCACAGGAUGAAGAUCUUUUUCUGUUUAUAUAGACAGUGUGAUGUCAGUCCAGGCAACAGGAUUAGUGCUUUAUACAAGAUACCUUAGAAGAGGUCCAGCUGAAAGACCACCUUGGUGUACUGAGACCAAGGAGGUUAAGUCUUUAAGUGCCUUCCAACAUGCUUUGGGCAUCAGAAGCGGGACUACACGUGUGCCCAGCAAGGCCUAGGUAAAAUGGCCUUGUCAAAAGCGGACAGGACAGACUGCUUGAUUCCUGAGCCUUAUGAGAUGGUUAGCCCAUCUCACACUUAUGUAACUAGCUCUUGAAGGUGACUGUCUCCAGGAUCAUGGAUUUCUUCUGGCUGAUGCCUCUGUCCCAUCCAUAUGAACCUGAGCAGGCCUCUCCAUGCUAUCUCAGGAAAUGUGAAAGCUGAGCCCUGUGUCUCUCUACAUCGAUGGGGCUGAGCUUGGGUUCUGCUGCAUCAGUCAUCAAUACUGUUAUUCAGGUAUUCCUCACCAGCCCUCUUUGCAAAAGACUGAGGACAGCAUGCCCAUAGACCCCUUUGGAUUUUGUUGUUUUGUUUUUUCCCUCUGGAAAAAGACAAAAAGAGUAAUUUCAUGUUUUCAGGUCUGGGCUAAGCUGACAAAAAAAGAAAAAAAAAGUAGUGUCAACAGGGAGAUGCUCAGAGACUGUAAGUGGAUGGAUGGAAAGGCUUUUUUCAGCAAUGUCAUUGCACAGCUGUUCUGACAGAACCCUAGUUGCAGGGUGGGGUAGGGGUUCUCCUUCUGCAGGUGAAGAUGCAGAACUUUGGGGUCACAGACCACGAUCCAUGUGUCAGGACAUUCUGUUUAGAGAAGGUUAAAAACACUGACACCAAUUUUCAUCCACUAGAUCAACUUCGGAGCAAAUGAGAAUCAAACCUAGUGACUGCAGCGCAGGGAUUUCAGAGCCAUUGGUCUUUGGCAUAACCAUGGGCAGCUCAGUUCUCCUUGUGCCAUGGUGUCCCAGUGGAUAAAGAGCUAACCACAGUCCUUAACCUCUGUCUGUAAGGUGCUGUGCGAUCAGCUCAUACGAAGAGCUACAGAAGAGCUAGCACAAGAGUGAAGUCUGAAAAUUGUACUAAAGUACAUUAUGGGGCGUUGUCUUUCACAAGCGUCUAGGUCUCUCGAAGCUGUGGUGUAAAAAUGCUUCAUUAUUUUACUCACGGUGACAGACAGAUGCACAUUUCUAGUUCUCCCCAAACCCAUGGAGGAGCCAGCAAUGCUCCUGAGAGCAAGGCUACAUCCAACAACCAAAUUCUCUCACCUGGAGCUGCCACCUCUGGCCUGAAUGAAGUCCCCUGAUGCUCCUUUUUUUGUUGCAUGUACAUGUACAUAGCAAGGGGCAAUGCACGUUACCAUCCCAAAUGAGGGCCGUGGCUUUGUAAACGAUGAACGAGUCUAAUGAUUUCAGGGCCUUCUACCAAGAAAACAGUGGGCCUGUUGUUGAAAGUUUUCUUAUUUAGAAAGUGUUCAUCGCCAGAUAGCUUCAUGGGAAAGAGGUGCCUUUCAGUCUCCGUUGCUUGAUGCACUUAGUUCAGCUAAGCAGUUCUGGCUCUUGCUCUGUAACUCACUGAACUGUAACUUACAGCUCUGAAGCCAGUUUACAGCUUGCCUAGGUCUGACAGUUUGCCACUCUGACAAUUGAAGCAGGAGGAUUCCCAAAGGGAAUUAACAAAUCUUUGCAGCAAUUAGAGUCUGUCAGCUGAAAAAGGAAAGCUGGCACCACUCGAGAAAGAUGCCAUGAUGGCCAGUGUCACGGUAAAAAAAGAAAAAGAAGACUUGUUUCCAAGAGGAGUGGUAGGGGGCAUUUGUUGGGAGAUAUUUACUGAGCGAUGAAAUGAGCUUUAACUUCACAGAAAAUCAGAUGGAAGGGAGAGAAUAAGGCAGAGCACUGGAAACAUCAACACCACUGAUGAAUGGGAAUAAAAAAAGAUGAGAGCCAAGAAACUUCAGGGAGAAACAAAAAGGGAGGCUGGGGCGAGCUGAGGAUCUACAGCUUGGGCCUGGAUGGAAAAGCAGCAGGGGUUCCUGGCUGCAUGGUGAGGGAAUUAUUGCCCCUGCAGGUAUCUAAGCCAGGAUGCAGGCUGUUUGCCACAACACUGUGUGUCCCACUCCCAUGGCAGAAAUAAGGUCACACUUGGCUGCAGGCAGGAGAUCUUGGUUUGAAGUUCCUCCCCUGUCCCUGUUUUUCUCCCCUGUUGGCUUGUGGAUGUCCGUGUCAUCCCUAAAAGGGUACAGGGGAAAAUCCAGCCCUUUGAUGAAUGACAGCAGCAGCUGGUGGUUUGGUUUUAUUUUUAUUCCUCCUUAUUAGAUCAGAAAUAGAUAUUAAUCAGCAUGCCCUGGCUCAGAGGAGGACGGGCCUGGCACACUAGGGAAUUUUAAGACAUGUAUGAGAGAAUAAUGAGGGCAUAUCUGAACCUCCCGGCCCUUCCCAUGGAGCCCAGCAAAUUCUGGAAGAAGUGGCAACCCUCUUGCCAUCAGGGUGAUAAGCCAAGACAGGCUCAUGGAGCAGGUUAACGUGAACUGUUGUGCAGGCAGAAGGUCUGAUGAUGAUCUUGUCCAUGAAAUCCCUAACCACAGAUGUGAGAGCUGUUGCGUUCAAUAAAUCAAUAGGAAGGCCGUGCUGAACAAGCAGAUUUGUGUUUAACACUGGUUUUCUCAUGAGAUCUUUCUCCUAAAUUCAGCAGAGUUACAGUGCUUGUGAAUUUAAUCCUAAAAGGCAAAACAGAUGAUUUCUUUGAAUGCAUUUUUUGCUGUUUACUCUCAGACUUUUUAUUCUUUUUUUUUUUUUUUUUUUUUUUUUUCAUAAUGAUUGCAGCUCUUUGCUUCUGUAGAUUCUCUGACAUUCUCUAUACACAGGUGAAACCCAAUACACCUAAUUCUCUGUUGCUUAAAACUGGCAGAAGCUCCUCUGUAAUUAAGGGAGCUGAACCCAUUUGGUCCAAGGUUGGUCUCCUGUUUCAAAGAUUGAUUACUGUCAAUAAUUCUCAUGUGAUUGAUUAGUUAAGUGCAGAUUCAGUUUCCUGGCUGCAGACUUCGCGAGAAAAUCACAUUGAACCCAGCUAGAAGAUGAUCUCUUGCAUGAGUCUCUAAUAAUAAGUUAUAUACGGGAGAGAUUUUGUAUAGUUUUAAUGUUAAAGCUGAAAUACUUUCAUUUGUUGAAAUAACAUAAAACUUUUAAGAUUGGAAAUUAAACAAGGACAGUAGCAAAUUAUGGUUUCCCCUGCGUUUUCUAGUCCGAAAAAGCAUUUUCUUUAUCUUGCUUUCUCUUGCUUCAGUCUACUAACAGACACGCCCCAAGCCCAGCAGAUUUAUGGAACUAGAAAUAGCAUUUCUAUUUCUUCCAGUAUUUUUCCACCCUAAUCCUAACUAGUGCCAAGCAGAAUAGAGAUUUAUGGUUGGCUUGGUUUUUAGAGAAAAAUAUCACCAAAAGUCUCUGAACAUAAAAAGGAAGGUUCAGUUCCUUUUAAGUGACUUAUCUAAACUCAAGGCUGCUUUUGAUUCUAUCCAGGCUGGUUCUUCCAUCUCUGUUUGCAACUAACACAUGCCUCAGUUAUAUAUACGAAAUCAAGAUUAACUUGAGUUGCAUUUGAACAGUGGGGGUUGCUGCAGAACACAAUGACUCCCCUGGCAUGUGCAGUCAGGCUGAAACAUGUUGGUGGCUCUUGCUCAGGGUGGACCCAAACUAAGUCCUGGUUCCAAACCCCAAUUUUCUGAGAGAUGCACGUGCAGAGUCAAACUUAGGAAAUGUCUGUAAAUGAGCCAGAUGGAUCCCCAGCUGGGGUCCAGGCCCACUUCUAGAACUGACGAUUUUUACAUUUGGAGAAUCCCUGUGAAACAUUCAGUGUUUCUGUGUUUUCGUUUUUGCUUUGGGAAAUUCCAGCGUGUCUGCUUUUCUCCAUCUGCUUCCAACCAUUGCACAGCAGGUAUGGAUGGGUCCUUAAUUCACUUCCCUUUGCUGGUGGCAGUUGAAACGUGGUGAUGCUCCGUCUCCCUGUCAUGCUGACCACACAGUCACCGAUAGGUUGUAGAACAACACACGGCUUUAUUUUAUUUUAUUUUAUUUUAUUUUUUCUCUUUACAAUGGAAGAGCUUUUUCCAGAUUUAGUGUGAUGUCUAACAAUGUGUCUCCUUAAAAAGAAUGUCUAGGGAACUAAUUGCACUGUUAAUUGGUGUUAUAGAUAAGGUGAAGCAGAAGUAUUGAAUGUAAGAACAAGAAAGCCUGUGAGUUAUAAUUACAUGCUGAAUUCUGACAUAAAAUGUUGUUAGUUUGCUUCUUAUUUAAAUGAUGUGUGAUCCAAGCAGCUUUACCACCGUGGCAGUACUAGUACAGCUGUGAUUAUUGAUUUAAACACACCCAGGGUCUUUUAGAAAGAGGAAACCUGUGUAGCCAGAUCUGUUCUCUGAACUGAUAGCAAAUUCCCCUCCUUGAUAAUCUGUAUUUCAUGACGCUGUCUAAGCUAGAAGCACAGGAAAGGAGUAUCAGCUUGCUGACCUUGCUGUUACUGGCCUUUGCCUAUUUUCUUCAUCACAAAUAUAAUCACAAGCUAGGGUAAGUGGGUCUCAUCGCAUAAGCCCGAGCUCUUCACGCCACACUUCUCCCAAGAGCAUGCCCGGCCUUCACGCACGGCCCCGCGCUCUGCAGCUCUGGGGGAGCCGCCAACCUGCCCAGAAGUUGUGUUGAGGGAGGGAGAUAAGCAGCUGAACUGGAACCUGAUCGUGGAUUACUGUCUUAGGUCAUUCAUUGAGUUUGUAUGAGUUCAUCAUUAAUAACGAAGCUGCAAUAUAAUAUAACUGAGAGACCACAAUGUAUUUUCUAUUGUCAUUCAGUGGGUGGGGGUUGGAGGGGCAGCUGGGUUUAAAGUUUAGCUGGUAUACUUUAAACUCCGUGUACAUAACCUUGGAGGACACAUGGGUGGUAUGGGUUGAGUUGUUAUUUUGUUGGAUUGGUAAAUUUCCUUUUGGUUUUGUUUAAAUAGUAAGGUAUUUAAUUAAUGACAUUGUACAAAGAGCUAUUAAUUUAAAUGAUGCUUUUGUUCUCCUAAAACGGAUCUAUCUACACUUUCUUUUUGGCAAGCCUGCAGCAGUGCUAUACAUAGCAUUAUGUUGACUUUUGUACUUUGGGGGAGUGUGUGGAAGGGGAGGGGAAAUGCUUUUCUCUUCAGACAAAUAGUGUUGCCCAUAGUUAACUUUCUGCUUGGAUAUAUACCUUGAUUUCCCUUUACUCGGAAGUUUUAUGUGAAAUUGACUUAAAGGGACAGAACAAGCAGAGGUUAUGCCAAAAGAUCUCAACUGUAUCAUCUUGUAAUAUAUUGCAGCUUUAUGCCAAUGAUUCCUUGCUUACCUGUACACAGUCCAUGCAUGUUUUGAACUAAUUUUGCAUUCUCCAUUUGUGGUGAGUUACUUAGCAUUUUAACCACCUUUUGUGCCAUUCAACUUGUACAGAAAACAUUUUUAUUGACGUUUUAAAGGGAGGGGGAAGAAAAUAAAAAACCCUUCUGCUCCCUAGUUGUAGGUAGAACUCGAUUACUUAGCAAACAGAUGUAGAUGAGUGGUUGUAGUGUUAGAAAUGUUAGCUUGCUCGUGAACAAGCUUUUGAGAGUAAAUGCAUGGUCCUGUACCUCUCUUCUCUUAAUUAGCUUUUCCUUUCCUCCUGGAAAGAUUGUCUCCCCCUCUCUCUCUAUUAUUCUGUCUUUGUCUCUCUCGUGGUUGUAAAGUACAGAUUUGGGCAUAAAAGAAAUUGUAUACAAUGAGGUUUGAAAAGCAGUUCUCAACAGGUUCUCUUGGGGAACUUAUUUCUCACAGCACCCUGCCUUGGCACUUUGAUUAGACUCUAACUUUCAAGGUAAAACAGAUGGAGAACAGUCACCUGUUGCCUCUGCUUUAACUGGGAAACAAGUUAAAUCCUUGGAAGUUUGCGUCACUGGUAAAUGAUGAGAUCUUGCUGAUCCAUUGCAGCUGAGGCACGUGGCACGUGGUGUAUUGGCCGUGGCUUUUGCUCCUGGUUGUUUUAGAUGGGACUAGUCCCACGGCCCCUGAUUUGCGGAGUUUGCACACACUUUUUGAUUUUCCUGGUUACACAGCAGAAGGGGGUGGGGGAAGAUAUAUAGGAAUUAUGUUGUUAUGGGUUCUGCAGGCAGCUCCUUCUUCUACACUCCCAAGCCCUGGGUUGAGUAUGCAGGGCUUGUUAUUUAAUAGCUGUGGUUCUGUUGGCAACGGAGGACAGAAAACAGUCAAAGGCUUGGUAAAGACGUGGUCACUCACAAUGAUGUAAGAAAUGGACUUCAAAAAUCCCUCAAAACCCUGCCACAAAACCACAAAAUCUACCUAGAUCCACACAUCUAUUCCCCAUGCCUCUUCUCCUUUAGCAGAAUUUCCUUUUGUUAGAAGAUUUGACUUUCUAGAGAAAAAAAUCCAUUUUUGUGAGGUGUUGUGAACUGUUUUUAAUACUUGUAAUAACCAUCCCAGGUCUGAGUAUUCUUGUAACGCAAUGCCAUGCAGCAGAGAACCUGUCCACUUUAUAGCUUUGCUCUCAAUAUUUGUUACUCAUUGUUUUCUCAUCUAAAUGUACAUUUGCAAGAUGUGUGUAAUGUCAUUUUCAAAAAAUAAAAUUUGGUUUCAAUAUUUAGGCCGAUAAAA